AGUGGAAGCAAUACUAAUUUGCAUAUAAAUAACUUAAUCCUGCCAAGUCAACAAACAACGAUACAAGUUCGUGUGCCAUACCGUGUUGUUGGAUUAGUUGUUGGACCGAAAGGUGCAACAAUCAAGCGCAUUCAACAGACAACAAACACAUAUAUCAUUACACCAGGUCGAGAUAAAGAACCCGUCUUUGAAAUAGCUGGUCUACCGGAAAACGUUGAAGCCGCACGUCUCGAAAUCGAAAGUCAUAUUGCUGCACGUACAGGACAAACAUCGUCAUCAGGUAAUCAAUCACCUGUUGAAGAUAAUGAUGAUACGAAAUGGAUGAAACCGAAAUUUACCCAUCAUUUAUCACUUCCAUUCAAUAAUAAUAAUAACAAUAAUAAUAAUAAUACAACUGCAAUUGAUGAUAAUAAAAAUAUUCCAUUACGUACGGUCUCUCAAUCAUCUUAUUUUCCAUUAGAAGAUAAUUCAUUAAUGAAUCAGUCAUUUGAUUUUGGUUCAUCAUUUGAUUUGAUCAAUGAACAAACAUCAACGGAUAAUAAUAAUAAUACAAUAUUUGAUUCAGUUUGGUCAAAUUUUAGUCUUUUAUCAUUGAAAACAUCGUGA